CCGUGCAGUGACAGAUCGGCUGCAGCCUGCAGAGUCGGUGUGGACCCUCCGGCCUCCGUCCGUGACUCACUGAAGACACUGAAGCUGUUAGACGAAGAUGAGGCUGCUGCCGGUGGUUGUUACCGUGUUACUGACGGUGUCGGUCGCUUAUUAUGUUUACAUCCCGCUGCCUGAUGGCAUCCAGGAGCAGUGGAAGCUGAUGAUGCUGGACGCUGGAUUCAGGACAACGAUGCACCUGGCGUCUUUGAAGGCCUGGCUGGGCUUUGACCAUUACAUCAGGUCCAUCCGGCAGUCCACUGAAGGUUUCGAUGGCAUGAUGACGGGGCUGAGCAGUUCUGAGUCUGGUGGAGGGGUUGUGCUUGGAGUGAAAGUCAGUGAUGUGACUUUCGCUGACGUCCCUGUCCGUGUGUACGAGCCUCCGGCUGGUGGAGAGGGUCAUCUGAGGAGAGGGCUGAUGUUUUUCCAUGGAGGAGGCUGGGCCCUCGGCAGUGGCAAGAAGGGGUCGUACGAUGCUAUCAACCGAAUGUUGUCCGAUGAGCUCAACACUGUUGUGGUCUCUGUCGAGUAUCGUCUGUAUCCAGAGGUGAACUUUCCAGUGCCGUAUUUAGACUGCCUCGCUGCUGCCAAGCACUUCCUCUCCCCAGAGGUUCAGGCCAAGUAUGCGAUCGACCCUGAGCGUGUAGCUGUGGCAGGUGACAGUGCUGGAGGAAACCUGGCUGCUGCGGUCGCUCAGGAGAUUUCCACAGAUGACACCAUGAGUGGGAAAUUCAGCGUCCAGGUGUUGAUCUACCCAGUGCUCCAGGCUCUGGACUUCAACACGCCCUCCUACUUGCAGAACCAAAACAUUCCCAUCCUCUACCGGUCCAUCAUGGUCAGAUUCUGGCUGCAGUACCUAGGCGCUGACCUCUCCCUGCAGUCCCAGUUGCUGUCAAACAACCACAGCUUCUUGCACCAAUCAAACAUCACCCCAGAGCUGAGGGCGCGGGUAGACUGGACCACACUCCUGCCUCCGAAACACAAGAAGAACUACAAGCCUCUGACUGUGGAGAAAGGUUCUCAGGGGGCGGUGAAGGAGGUGCCGGGGCUGCUGGAUGUGAGGGCGUCACCGCUGUUAGCAGGACCAGAGGUUCUGGCAAAAUGCCCUCGAGCAUACAUCCUGACAUGCGAAUAUGAUGUGUUGAGGGAUGAUGGUCUGAUGUAUGCACGGCGUUUACAGGACGCAGGCGUAACGGUUACCAGCGACCACUAUGAGGACGGCUUCCACGGAAUUUUCAGCUUCAUAAAAUGGCCACUGGACUUUGAUGUAGGAAAGAGAGCGCUUAGGGGCUACCUCAACUGGCUGCAGAACAACUUGUAAGCGUUUGAGUGUCUGUAUGGGUGCAUACAUGUGUAUGAGUGUGUGUGUGUGUGUGUGUGUGUGUGUGUGUGUGUGUGUGUGUGUGUGUGUGUUUCAAUGAUACAAAUGCACUGGUCCUUGCUUUAUUAAUCAUAGACUUGCCAAGGGCUUAUGCAUUUGCUAUUUGUUUAAAGAUCAAAGCUCAGGGCCUUCAUGCACCUGCAGAUUAUUUAAGGUCUAUUCACUGUAAUGUCCGCCGGCAGUGGAGAGAGCAAAUGUAUUAAUAUUAAAAUUACCAACAUUGUGACCCACUCACAAAAAUACUUAAUAGAUGCACAGCCACAAGCUUUCCACUAAUGGAUAAAUGAAACAGCUGCUUCCACUGGGAGGAACCACAUCAGUGCACUGAGUGUUAUCCACACCACUAACACAUGAGCAACAUAUUUUACAAGUGUUGUAACUGGUUUUAUACUCAACUUUUGGAAUAGAAGUAUUAUAAAUUACAACUUUGAUCAAAAGUGCAUGUCAGCAGUGGUUUAAACUGUCAGUAGCACCUUUUCCUUCCAAAAAAAAGAGUAUUUAUGUGACCAAGUAAGCUACCUUUUAUCCAACAUUGUAGUCCAGACUUAAAUAUCUCAACAACGAUUGGAUUGAUUGCAAUUAAAUAUCGGUCAUGUUGCCAAAAGAAUAAAUUCCUAGUGCAUUUGGUGAACCACUGAUCCUUCAUCUGGCAGCACCACGAGGUUGUGGUUUUGAGAAAUGUGUUGACAACUAAUAAAUUGUCAUGAAAUUUGGGACACACACAAACAUCCUCAGAAUAACUUUGAUAAUCCCUUAAAGGGACAGUUCACUCUAAUAUCAAAUCAUGUUGCUGUUUAUCAAUCUAGAUUGUUUUGGCGUGAGAGUGUUGGAGAAUUUGGCUGUAGAGAUGUCUGCCUUCUCUUCAAUAUAAUGUCACUCCACUUGUUGAGCUCAAAACUCAUCAGCAAUGCUUUUUUCCAAAAAUCAAGACCUGGUUACUCAAGAUAAUCUACAGACCUUGUUGUGAGCACUUUCAUGCAGGAAAUAUCUUCUUUCCAACAAACUAGACCCAUCAACCAUUACACUAUCACUGUUUACAUCUCGCAUCAUCACUAGCACAACCCUCUCGUUCAAAAGUAAACGCACGCUUCUUUAUGCAUGGUGAUAUAGUUUGGUAGAAAGAAAAUAGUUCCUACAUGAAACAUCUCACAAGAAGGUCUGUGGAUUAUUUUAGGU